AUGCCAGACACAUCCAUCAUCUCUGGCUCGACCGCGAGCGUCAAGCCUUCCUCUGGACCAUCGCGACGCCCGAAGCAGAACCGCAAGUCUGGUGCCGGUCCUACCUCGUCCACCGCUAGCUCACGUCCGACUCGCGUGUCCAACUCGACGAGCAAAAAGGGCAAAGUGUCGAGUGCCAGUGCCCGUAGCAGCCCCGGCGACGAGCUUGCGCGCCUGCGCGACGAGGUGGCCAACCUGCGCGUCAAGAACGACCGCCUGCGCGACACCAACGAUCGCCUGCGCGCCACCAACGACCGCCUCGAGAACGAGAACGCGUCACUGUUCUCGCAAUGCAAGGAGGGAGAUGCCGCGUACGCCAAGCUCCAGGAUGAGCUCGACCGCAAGAUGGACAUUUCCGAGUUUCGUGGUCGCCAGCGCGACAAGCUGGUGAAGGAAAACAUUUCCCAGGAGUACGAUAUUUCACAGCUUCGCAUCGAGAACAACCAUCUCAAGUUCAAAGUCGAGCUCGGACUCAGGGGCGUUGAGGACCGUUUCAAGAUGGGCGAGGAUGCGGUCCAGUCCUCCAAUUACUGGUGGGACCGACUGCUCGCUGAACGUCGUGCCCGAGUCAACGCUUUGCAGUCAAUCCCGACGCCACUCGUUCCAUCAGACGCGAAGGAGCUGCUUGACCUCCAGAACAAGAUCAAGCACAUGCUCUACAGCAAGAGUAUGCUGCGCCAGUCGUUCAGGUCACACGUCUACGUGCCGACAAACAAGGAGUAG